CCCCCGGCAGCAGCAACCGCCGGAGAAUCAGGAAGAAGAAAUGGCUGCUGCUGCUGAUGGGUCCUCAGUGCCGUUGCAGAACCUCGAUCAUUCCAAAAACCCGUCGAAAUCUCGCCGGAAUUAUGGGUCUGCGUCUCGAAUUCGGCGCGAUCGUGGAGCGAAAUCGCGUUACGUGGAGAAAUCGGAGGCAGAGGUUCCGAAAUCCGACGCGGAUUGUAUGACUAGUGGGUUGAGUAGUUUGAAUUUGGAAAACAGGUCGAAUUUGGAAUCGGGGAAUACUUCGAAUUCAGUAGAAAGUUCGAAUACGGAUGAAAGGGCUCGUUCGAUUUCUGGUGAGAACUCGAAUUGUGAGGACACUGGGAUGAAGAUUGUUGAAAAUGAAGAAACUCUUGCUGCCAAUGAACAUCAGAAGAAGGAAGAUAUCAUCCUGAUUAUUCUGGACGAGCUGCGAUCGAGCGUCAGUGAACCGGAACUGACUGAAGAACAGCUAGAGAUGAAUGAACAAUCUCAGGAAGAUGAGCUUCUGGCAUUAGGUUACAUCUACGGAGAAAACAUUUUCAUCUUUGAGCGGUAUAAAGACAUGCGAUACUUUCGGAUUCAUGUAGAUGUUGAAGCUUCUAGUGAACAUACUGUAACUGCGAAGCUAAAUUUACCGGCAGAAUCCGAGGAGUUUUUGUAUUCAUUCAAGACUCAGCAUCUUCCACCGAUUGUGUUGACAUGCUUAUUGCCCAAAACUUACCCGAGUGACUUGCCUCCUUAUUUUACAAUCAGUGUUCAAUGGUUGAACCCUGAUAAGAUUUCCAGUCUUUGCUCUAUGCUAGACUCCAUAUGGAUGGCUCAGCCAGGACAAGAAGUUUUAUACCAAUGGGUAGACUGGCUGCAGAAUUCUUCUCUUUCUCAUCUUGGCUUUGAUAAAGGGAUCAUUCUCGGUCCUUAUGGCGUUACAUGUUCCAGAGAUAAACGUGCGGUUUCAGGAAGCCGCUCCCCAGACACAGAUAUUCCUUAUAUUAGGAGUUAUAAUGAUGAAAAAUGCCACGAGGGAUUCCUUAAGAGCUUACACGAGUGCUGUAUCUGUUUCUCUGAAUCUGCAGGUACCGACUUUGUUAAAUUGCCAUGCCAGCAUUUCUUCUGUUGGAAGUGUAUGAAGAGCUUUACUGAUAUACAUGUCUCUGAGGGCACUGUUAACAAGCUUCAAUGUCCAGACUCUGGGUGCCGGGAAACGGUCCCACCAGGUGUGUUAAAGAGAUUACUUGGAGAUGAAGAGUUUGAACGAUGGGAGUCUCUGAUGUUACAGAAAACUUUAGAGUCCAUGACCGAUGUUGUGUACUGCCCUCGAUGUGAAACCCCUUGCAUAGAGGAUGAAGAACAGCAUGCUUUAUGCUUCAAGUGUUUCUUCAGUUUCUGUACCCUUUGUAGAGAAAAACGACAUGUGGGUGUUGCUUGUAUGAGCGCGGAAAUGAGGCUUCAAAUCUUGCAGGAACGACAGAGUUCUUCGAAUCUUGGAGAGGAACAAAGGAGGAAGGAACGCGAAAUGAUUAAUGAGAUGCUCAGCGUCAAGGAAAUACUUAAGGACGCUAAGCAAUGCCCGUCUUGUAAGAUGGCAAUCUCUAAAACCGAAGGUUGUAAUAAGAUGGUCUGCGAUAAUUGCGGCCAAUACUUCUGUUAUCGCUGCAACAAGGCAAUAACCGGAUACGAGCAUUUCAGGGAGGGAACCUGUGAUCUGUUCCCACAGGAGAUGGUCCAACAAUGGGAAGAGAGGGUAAAUAAUCGCCAAGUCAUUGCCCAGAUUCAAGCUCAAAUGUUUGGCCAGCACGGUCAGUUAUGCCCUAAUUGCCGUCAGUUCAAUGCAAAGAUGGGUAACAACAAUCACCUGUUCUGCUGGGCGUGCCAAGUGCAUUACUGUUAUCUGUGCAAGAAGAUUGUUAGGCGGUCAGCUCAGCACUAUGGGCCAAAGGGUUGCAAGCAACACACUGAAGGAUAAACAAAAAAAAAAAGGUCAAGAACCCUCAAACGAAAUACAUACACGUUUUUUAUUCAAGCCAUUGCAACAUUAUAAAAAACGAUUGUUUUGCGGAAUACAAUUAUAAGGGAGGGGCAGUUUUUUCA